AUUUGGGAGGGACACCUGUGUUUGUUUUCCUUAUAACAACCACGAAAAGGGAAACCGCUCACGAGCAGUACAGCACCGGUGCCUAGAACUAGACUAGGCCCCACCACUCUCUUGACUGCCGUGCCGUCAGCUCCAUCACUCUACCACUCGUCUUGUCUUGUCAAGCAGAGCAAACAGAAGCAGCAUAUAUGCACACCGUGGGAAGAAAAAGGGGAAGUAGCAUAGAGCAGCGGAGGCGGAGGAGAAGGGAUCCAUGGGGAACAUCCUGAGGUCCCAUCAGCCCCAGCAGCAGCAGCAGCAGCAGCAGGAACCUCUGGAUCCCCAUGGCCUCGCGCCGGACGCCGCCGCCAUUGCCGCCCUGACGCGCGACCUCAGCAGCUUUGAAUCCGCAUCCAUGGUUCCGGAAGGGCUCGGACAGCACGUCACUUCAUCCAAGGAAGCACAGAUUAAUUGGUACAAGUGUAUUUUGGAAGCAUACAGGAACACAACCCCACCGAGAACACCAGCAGAGGCUGCCCAGCUAGCUGCGACAGCCCUAAACUGGAUCCCAAGAGUUGAUUUGGAGUGCAUUACACCAGCAUGGACAAAUGCUGUCUCUCAUAAUCACUAUGGCUCUCAGGUUAAUGCAAAGUGCAUUGGAGAUGGUGAUGGCUUUACUGCUUAUGUUGCUGUAAUGGAUGAUCCCAGGGAGUCAGCAAAUGUACCACAAAAAGUGUAUGACAUGGUGACUGAAAGGACUCAAGCACGCAUCCGUAGGGAUUGCGACACGGCUAAUACUCUUCGAAAUACCAUUGACGAAGCUGGAUACAAGAUAAUGAUCCGUUCAGGCAGUGAGAUCCUUGCAAGGAAAUACCGGAUCAGAAUGAGGGGAAUAGAUGCACCGGAGCUGAAGAUGACAUAUGGGAAGGAGUCAAAGGAUGCUUUGGUGAAGCUCAUUGGUGAGAAAAGCACCAGAAUUUAUGUGUAUGAGCAGGACCAAUUUGGCCGAUAUGUUGGCGACAUCUAUUGCGACAGUGUGUUCAUCCAGGAGCAGAUGCUGAAGAAUGGUCACGCAUGGCAUUUCAAGAAUUAUGAUUCACGCCAAGAGUUUUCUGAAUGGGAGAGAAAGGCAAGAGCUGCAUGCCAAGGGCUUUGGGCGUUAAAUAACCCUAAGAAGCCGUGGGACUGGAGAAGAGAUGAGCGCAAUGGAAGACACAUCACCAUUAAGGUCUAUUAA